CUCACGCCCCUGCCCCGCCCUCCAGGUGCAGCCAAAGCAGGAAGUGACCAGGAAAGCGCGGGAAGUCCCAAGACUGAAAUCACUUUUGCUUGGCUAACAUCAAGAUCCUGCCAGGUCUGACUGUCCUUCUGGGAAGAUGGCACAAGAACACAAUUCAUUUUGCCAGGACAAUGACCUAAUGCGAUGGUUAAUCAUCACUGGACUGAUAAAAACAAAUGUCAACUAUUUAAAGAGACUUUCACAACAGAUAAAGAAAUGGACUUGUUGCUGUUGCUGCAGGAGUCUACACCCAGGAAAGUGGCUACCUUGUAAGAUAAUUACUGUGGUCAAAGUAAGUCCCCCAUAAACAGACAUAAAGGUGAUCAUUUCAGUCAGACCUUCGAGGACAUUUGAACACAUUCACAUGCCAUCUGUAAUUCCAAGAUGUACCAAAAUCAAUCUAUGAAUAACACAGCAGAGACACAGCCUUCACGGAAAAGGAAAUCUGGAUGCUGCAAUGGAUUCAAGAUGUUCCUUGUAUCCCUGUCCUUCUGCUUUAUUGCCAAAGCACUAGGUUUUGCUGUCAUGAAAAGUUCCAUCACUCAAAUAGAAAGGAGAUUUGAAAUACCAUCUUCAAUUGCUGGCUUAAUUGAUGGAAGCUUUGAAAUGGGAAAUUUGCUUGUGAUUGUAUUUGUGAGUUACUUUGGAUCCAAACUACACAGACCAAAGCUAAUUGGAACUGGUUGCUUCCUUAUGGGAACUGGAACUAUUUUGACUGCUUUACCACAUUUUUUCAUGGGAUAUUACAGGUAUUCUAAAGAAACUUACAUUAAUUCAUCAGAAAACUCAACAUCAAGCUUUUUAACCUGUUCACUUAAUCAGAAUUCAUUACUCAAUAGAACAUUACCUGAGAUAGUGGCAAAAGGUAAUGAAAAGGAACCUGGAUCAAAAAUGUGGUUAUUUGUCCUACUGGGUAAUAUGCUUCGUGGAAUUGGAGAAACACCCAUAGUACCCUUAGGGAUUUCUUAUAUUGAUGAUUUUUCUGAAGAAGGACAGUCUUCUUUGUAUUUAGGAAUUUUGAAUGCAGUUGGAAUGAUUGGCCCAAUAGUUGGCUUUAUAAUGGGAUCUCAGUUUUCUAAAAUGUACGUGGAUAUUGGUUAUGUUGAUCUGAGCACAAUAAAAAUAACUCCUAAGGACUCUCGUUGGGUUGGUGCUUGGUGGCUUAGUUUCCUUGUGAGUGGACUAGUAUCCAUUUUUUCUUCCAUUCCAUUUUUUUUCCUGCCCAAAAGUCUGGAUAAACCAAAAAGAAAGAAAGAAAGGGAAUCUUCCAUAUCUUUGCACGCACUCAAAACAAAUGAGGAAACAAGUCAAGUGGCUAAAUUAGACAACCAUGGGGAAAAUAUUACUGGUUUGUUUCAGUCCUUGAAAAGCAUCAUUAGCAAUCCUCUUUAUGUUUUUAUAUUGUGUGCAACACUGCUUCACUUCAACAGCUUUAUUGGUGCUCUUACUUAUAACUUUAAAUAUUUAGAACAACAGUAUGAUCAUUCACCAUCUGACGCUAACAUUCUGCUUGGAGUCAUAUUCUUACCAACUUUUGCAGCUGGAUUAUUAGCAGGAGGAUAUAUCAUUAAAAGAUUCAAAUUUACUUUGAUUCAAGUUGCCAAAUUCUCAUUUUCUGUCUAUGUAAUCUCCUUCCUCCUGGCUUCAGUCAAUCUUAUGCUAAUCUGUGAAUCCAAAUCAGUUGCUGGCCUAACCUUGACCUAUGAUGGAAAUAGUCCAGUGGCCACACAUAAAAACAUACCACUUUCUCAUUGCAACUCAGACUGCAAUUGUGAUGAAAGUCAAUGGGAACCAGUAUGUGGGAAUAAUGGAAUAACUUACUUGUCACCUUGUCUAGCAGGAUGCAAAUCUUCAAGUGGCAAUAAAAAACCUAUAGUGUUUUAUAACUGUAGUUGUAUAGAAGAAACUGACUUCCAGAAUAGAAGUAACUUGGCUCAUUUGGGUACAUGUCCAAGAGAUGGUCGGUGUAUGAAGAAAUUCUAUAUUUAUGUAGGAGUACAAAUGUUGUCUAAUUUUUUCACUUCAUUGGGAAGCACCCCAACUAUCAUGCUGGUUUUUAAAAAUGUUCAUCCUGAACUGAAGUCCCUUGCCGUGGGUUUCCAUGCACUAAUCAUGCGUGUCCUAGGAGGAAUUCCUGCUCCUAUAUAUUUUGGGGUUCUGAUUGAUAGAGCUUGUAUGAAGUGGUCCAUCAGUCACUCUGGGAAGCAAGGGUCUUGCAGGAUAUAUGAUUCCACCUUAUAUGGAAAUACCUUCAUUGGCAUGAUGCUGGUCUUAAAAUUCUUAGCACUUAUUUUUUAUAUUGUGUUAAUUACCACUAUGAAGAAAAAAAAUCAAAAAGAUACCAAGGCAUCAGAAAAUGGAAGAAAAAUCGUAAAUGAAGCAGACUUAGAACCCUUAUAUAAUGAUGGACAUUUGGUGCCUUCUGCUAGAACAAACAAUGAAGCACAUAUUUAAGGGGAGGGUGAAAAUUCUUUUGUUACUGUGUGUCAACCAAUGGGUUAUAUUAAAUCCAUAGAAUGUUACUUCUGAGCAGUUCUGGUCCUUGACUGACAAUUCUCAUACUCUUUCUACAAUGGAACAAUGAAUCAUCUCUGAAUUUAUAAUAAAGAAAUUAUAAAUGAAAAGGAAUGAGAAUACUCAUUCAGGUAUGACUCUGCAUUUCUGGUUAAGAUUAGAAUAUGUGAUCUAUACAAAUUUAAAGUGAGAGGUAUAAUUAGUAUGUAUUAGAUGGUAGAGUA